UCUGGGGAAAACCUGUACAGCUGUAACCCAUGUCAAAAACCAUUUGGUAAUUCAGGUCACCUAAAAGCCCAUCAGAUUGUUCACACUGGUGAGAAACCAUGUCGAUGUGGCCAGUGUGGGAAAACCUUUACAAAGCUGGAGCAUUUAAAGCUCCAUCAACAUGUUCAGACUGGAGAGAGAACCCAUCAGUGCGAACAAUGUGGGGCAGCUUUUACACAUUUAUACAAUCUAAAAGUUCAUCGGCGUGUUCACACUGGUGAAAAACCGUACAAUUGUGACCAGUGCGGUAAAACUUUCACCCAUUCAUGUGGCCUAAAAUCCCACCAACGUUUUCACACCGGAGAGAAGCCGUAUAUCUGUGGUCAGUGUGGAAAGGCUUUUGCUCAGUCAAGUCAUCUAAUAAUCCAUCAGCGGGUUCACACUGGGCAGAAGCCGUACAGUUGUGACCAGUGUGAUAAAACUUUUGUUCAGUCAAGUGACCUUAAGAACCAUCAAUGUGUUCACACUGGAGAGAGACUUCAUUGGUGUGAAAAAUGUGGGGCAGCUUUCACAAAAUUACGAAAUUUAAAAAUCCAUCAACAUGUUCACUCUGGACAGGAUGACCAGGACCAGUUUGAUAAAGCUUUUACUCAGUCAAGUCACCUAAAAGCCCAUCAACUUGUUCACACUGGAGAGAAGCCAUACUACUGUGACCAGUGUGGGGAGACUUUCACAGACUUGGGGAAACUAAAACACCAUCAGUGUGUUCACUCUGGAGAGAAACUACAGCUAUGACCACCGUGGGAAAGCUUUCAUCACAUGAAAGGAACUAAAUGUUCAUCAGCACAUUCACACUGGGGAGAACAUGUAAAUCUGGGGUCACUGUCAAAGUUAGUUUAAAUCAAGCAGCAUAAAAAUCGAUCACUGCACAUUUUACAUUUCUGAACAGGACAUGUACACAGGUCCAAAAUUCUAGAAAAAGGUAAGCAUUUUGACUUGAUGAUUGUUUGGGUAAACUAUUGGAGUUGGGUUCAAGUUAGCUUUUCUCUGCCCUGCUUUCUCUUUGAUUUGAGAAGACAGUUCUCAGUACCUGCAAAAAGAUCUACCAGUAACGGAGAGAUGGUGAGAGAUGGCAAUUUAUCAAACUCUUACUGAACAAGCAAACACACACUGUCCCUGUGGCCAGCUGACCUGUUCCCCUGUUCAGCCCACACAGUUUUCUAAUUGUAAAGAAGUGCUGUGAACAAGAAGAAAACAAAGUGUAAUUUUAUGUUGAUAAUUAUUGAGUCUAAUAAGUUUUAUAUGUCAGAAUGAGUUGAAUUCUUGUGGACUUGGAUUUUGAGCCCAAGCAGCUCCUCUACAGCAGGAUCUGUCCAUCAGAGAGAAGAGGACAAUGCCACAAACAGUCCGUAAUUCUUAAAUGUCCUGGAAUAAGACUGGUUAACUGUAAAGAAAUGGAUCUAUUUUGAUCAAAAGGACACACUUGAUAAUUGUUCAGCCUGUAUUAGAGAUGCACUGAUUGCAAUUUUCUUGGCUGAUUCAGAAUUUUAGAUCUGACCUGCCGAUUCACAUUUUUUCUUUCUAUAAACUGACAGCAGAUUUUUGAAACGUGUCUUGGAUGAAAAUUUAAGUUGUAGUAAAAAUAAAACAUUGUAUUAAAUAAAUCUUACAUUUUCAUGGCCAUUAACGAUGUUGCUAAAGCGUUUUACUUCCAGGUACAAAUAUAUAAAUACAUUAGUAAGCAUCACAACUAAUUAAAAAUCAUUUAUAUAGGUAGUUAAGUAAACUAUUAUAGAAUGACAACAAUAUGGAAAAUUUAGCAAUAUACACUAGAAAAAAUAUAAAUCAAGAAAGUGGCAGAGAAAACUCUGGGAUCUGUUUCAGGUCAGUAGUUAAAGAUGAAUUGUGUUGUGCUGGUUGUCUCUUAGGCUGUGACAUGUACAGACAAAUUUAACGGCUAAUAUGGAACUGGCUCUGUUUUCUCCUUGUAUGUGCUGUCAUUCAAGUUGAUCGGGAAUUGAGUCAAAGUCUGGGAUUUUACAUUUAUUUGUGCAAAGACCUUUGUUCUUAUAUGUUUGUAUGUGUUACAGUUAUGGCCAUUUUUUGUUUAAAUAGAGAGAGUUUGAUUUUAUUUGUCAUUUUUUGCACUAUGAAUCAAUGUGGUCGAUGGUGACUUAUCAGUCAGAGAAGCUGAAUACAUUCAGAUGAUAUUACAGGCAGUAGGAAAUAUUUUAACAAUUUUCAACUAAGGAAAUGUCUUUGGAUGAUUAUGAAUUUAUUUAUGUAGUUUUAUAUCAGAUCAAGCCUGGCCAGUUCAUAUACUGCAUCAAACUGAUAUGAUGGCCAAUUUACAGGAGAAGUGCCACCCAUAUACAUAAAUUUUCAUGCAACAUAUUUGAGUAAUGGGCUUCAGAGAUUAACACAGAUCAGAACAUAGUCUAGUUAAAACAACGAUGGGUGGACUUUAAGAACAAGUUAAAAUGUUUAGUUUGAUGACAUUUUAUUAUUGGAUCUAACAGGAUG